GAAGUCGGCUGGCGCAGACGCGUUGUGUGCCGCGAAAACGCAGCUGAACGAACGCGUAUCAUCUCGCAACCGAGCGGUGCGCGUGUGGCGAUUCCGGAUUUUCAACCGGCUAAUUCAUGUGUGGGAUUAUCGCUAUAUCAACGUUUUCUUGAACGGUGCUGAGCGCUGCACGGACAAGGCGCGCGCUAAGUGAGGGAGUGCCGGAUACCCUAGUGUUGUGCGACGCAAGAAUGCCCGCCAAGGGGGAGAGGGGCAAGGCGACGGACUUCAGCAUAGCGGCCAUCAUGGCGCCCAGAGGUCCUUCGUUUGGACAUUACCACCUGCAGGGUCUCGCCAACGGCACCACCAAUGGCGUUCAAACGACGCCAGCGGAUCUUGUUGCCGCUGCGACUGCCGUGGCCGAAGAAGUCCUGGACGACGAUGACGAGGGUGAAGACGGGGUCGGUGAAGGUGAGAGUGAGGACGCGGAGAGAUCGACCAAUGACGAGGAGCAGGAGGUCGACGUCGACGUCGAGGAGUGCAGCAGCGUCGAAGACACGUCGCCGAGCCUACUCGAAGAACAAGUCUCAGCCAAGCUUGACGGUGACGUUGAACGGAGACACCGCCGACGGACGAGCUGCAAUUCCGACGAAUUGCGGGACGUCGAAUGUCACUUGGAGACCAAGGAGCUUUGGGACAAGUUCAACGACCUUGGGACCGAAAUGAUCAUCACCAAAACGGGCCGACGGAUGUUCCCGACCUGUCGAGUGUCGUUCAAUGGCCUGAGAUCGGAGGGCCGGUACGCAGUGCUGAUGGACAUUGUGCCUGUGGACAACAAGAGGUACCGAUACGCCUACCACAGGAGCUCGUGGCUAGUCGCCGGGAAGGCAGAUCCCCCGGCACCGGCCCGCCUCUACCUUCACCCCGACUCGCCCUUCACCGGGGAGCAGCUGCGCAAGCAGGUCGUCUCCUUCGAGAAGGUGAAGUUGACCAACAACGAGAAUGAUGAGCAGGGCCAGAUUAUCUUGAACUCUAUGCACCGAUACCAGCCAAGAAUACACUUGGUUCGAUGUCGUUCGCCGGAGGACAACAGCCCGAUUACGGACCUUCAGCAUGAGGAACACAAGACUUUCAUCUUUCCGGAAGCCAUAUUUACUGCGGUUACGGCAUACCAGAAUCAGCUGAUAACCAAGUUGAAAAUUGACAGCAAUCCGUUUGCUAAGGGUUUUCGCGAUUCAUCCAGGCUGACGGAUUUUGACCGAGAUCCGAUGGAGCUGAUGGAACAACAGUUGGUGCGAUGCGGCGUGCCGCCGCUUCGACUCUACGAACACCUCGCCAUGUCGUCCUCGGGGUUAGGAGGAGGCGUCCAACACGACGGAAGCGGACAACACGGCGGAACUCACCCUCUGGCACCUUGGCUCCCUCCCGCCUCCGCCCUCGUUUACGGAGGGGUGGCGCAGGCCCAUGGACGGGGGGGGAUUCCCUCCCCGUUCGCGACACACUUCGCGGCGUUUCCUACCCCCACCACGACGAGCCUCCCGUGGCCCAUGCUGCCCCGACGACCCUCGCCCUCCUCGACGACGACGGGGAUGAGGUACGCUCCGUAUCCACCCUCGGCAUCGACGCCGCCGCCGCUGCGUCCGCCACGCCCAGCCACCCCCAAUUAGCCCCGGAACUCCGCUUAUUCUCUUCGCCCCUUGCGCCCAACCCCCCGUGUAUAGCCUCUAAGUAUAUACUGUCUAGUUGUAUAAUAGUGGUAGAUAAAUAAUAUUCGUCGGCGAUGCUCGAGGGGAUCACGGGAUUUCCGGUUUCGUAGAAAAAUUCGGCUUUCAUACUGUUUCGGUAUUUUUCAUUUCACGUCAUAAUCAAAUCAAAUCUUAUCGAACUUGUGAAAAUCGUAGACUCUGUCAUUUUUGCUUACAUUUUGAAAAUACGAAUUCAUAUAUCGAACAACGCAGUACAGAAAUGUGUACAGUACAUUAUAUACGAAAUGCGGAUUGCACACGUGGACUUAUUUCAUCAAGGAAAUCCACGGUCACAAGUGCAAUCAUAAUCCCUAAUCAUUUUUUCGCUACGGGUGGGAAAGAUAGUUCGGAAUAAAAUUUGUUGAAUUUGUCUUUGGAACACGAACGUCCGAUAUCCCCUUGAACUGCGUACCCCGAGGAGCCAAAGAAAAAACCCACAAGAGAGCGAGCGAGAGAGAAAGAGAGAGAGAAUGUGUGUCAGUAUAGCGUUAUAGCGUGUGUACAGAGUUGAAAAUAUAAUCAUCCGAUAAUAAAAGACACAAGAAAUGCUGCGCGAGCCAGAUGGUAUUUGCCGUGUUCUCAAUUCUACGAUGAUAGUAAUAAUAACAACGUCAACGGCUUUCGGAUACGGCGCCCGCGUAUUUUCGCGUGACGAUCGGUAUUUCCCACGGAGUGUAAAUUCUCUCCGCCAGGAGUACUCGUAAGAGGGAACCAUAAGCGACUAGUUUUUUGCCUUCGCAGACGGACGAGUAAAUUCGCGCGGAGUGAAUCUUUGUUUCUAGGAUUCAGUCGGCGCUUAAAUUAUAAUUUAGUUACUCUUGCCAUCGGUUAUAUCGCCGCGAAACAUCGCUUUAAGGCUGUACGUUACCGAAAGUCAUCGUUGAGCCGAAACAAAAUCCGAAGUGGCUCAAGAGCGGCCAUGUUGAUGUAGCGCUAUCUGUUGAUUUCUAAAAAUCUCUACGUAUACGGCGAAAUUAUUCUCAAACGGCAUAAUCAUUCAGACCAACGCUGCUGCGUCAGGUGAUUCCGCAAUUACAAAUGAUUGCCGCUCAUUUUUUCGAAGAUCGCGAUGUUCGAUACUUCGAAGUUAAUUACAUAUCAAUUUGUAAUUGUGAUUGGAACGUAGUAGAAAUUCCAAACUCAGUCAAACAAUUUAGGUAUAACUCAUCCACGGCGCAUUAGUGUAUUCCUGUUCUCUAAUUGGUGCCAAAUAAAGUAAGUUAGGCCAGUCCGCCAAAAUCUAAAUGUUAAAUUUUUUCUCCAACACCUCGAUUUCAAUAAAAGAAUAACACAAAUGGAAAGAGAAUAUUUCAUUGCCAUUUAAGGAUAAUUUCCCGGAGCGUACGUCAUCGUAGUGGAUAAAAUAAUAACACAGUAAUGAUGAUUACAUUGUUAUAAUUAACUGGGUGUGAUUUCUCUAUAUAUAUAUAUAUGCAUAUGUAUAUAUAUUAUAUAUAUUUAUAAUAGUUUUAAAAAUAUGAGUAUGUGUACAUAUACUAUGUGAGUGCAUGUAUAUAAUUUAGACUUGUACGCCAAUCGGAGGGUGGACGAAUGUGUCAGUGAGUUAACGUUUGCACGUUUGUGUAAUAUUGAAAUAGUUGUAUCAUACCAUAAUAGUAUUAACUCGACCUUGUCAAAGGCGGUGAAAAUUUGUAAAUAUAAUAAAUAUAGAUAUCCGACUGUAGCGCGUCUAUAGAUUUAAUUCCGUACUUUAAUUGUAUAGGCGUAGU